GUUGAGGUAGAGCUUACGCGACAUCCAUGGCUCUCAGCGGACGACUGGCUCUUGUAACGGGCGGUGCCAGUGGCAUCGGCAAAGCAAUUUGCCAGACCCUGGCAAGCGAAGGGGCCACCGUGGUCGUCGCCGACAAGCAGCUCGAGGAAGCAACCAAAGUGGCCGAGUCUUUGUCAGGAGGCGCAAAGCACCAUGCCCUGUACGUGGACGUCGGCGACUCCUCUUCCGUGGAGCAACUCUUCAGCUGCAUGAGGAGUACGUUGGCUCUGUCACUUGCCGCCGUCGUCAACUCGGCUGGCAUUUACAUUCGGGCAUCACUGGUAGAUACCAGCGACGAAAUGUUCGACGAGACUAUAAGGGUACACCUGCGAGGAACUUUCUUGGUGACCCGUGCAGCCGCCCGCGAGAUGACGCGCUCAGAGAAUGUCCUGCCCGAAGGCGGUGCGGCCAUCGUUAACGUCUCCAGUAUCGGAACCAAGACUGGCUGGCCCCUCGCCGCUGCGUACUGCGCGGCCAAGGCCGGUGUGGUGGCCCUGACCAAGUCUGCGGCGCAGGAACUGGCGGCUCACGGCAUCCGCUGCAAUGCUUUGCUGCCCGGACUGACGGCGACGCCCAUGACGGAUUCACUGCCAGAGGAAGGCAAGGAAGAGGUCCGGUCAUUGACUCCACUCAAGAGGCUAGCAAAGCCCAGCGAAAUAGCGGAAGCCGUAAAGUUCCUCUGUUCGCCCACCGCCAGCUCCUUCGUCACUGGAGCUGCAUUGGAAGUCACCGGAGGAUUCAUGAUGUGAUGCACCAGCCGGUGGCCAACCAUCCUGCUGUAUGAGAUGUCUGAGAAAAAUAAGUUUGGACUGGAAUGUUG